CGUAAACCAAACAGAGAGUCGCGGUGUUGUUAUGCUGAGUGUGCAUGCCUUCGCCUCGCCGCUGACAAGCUGGCCGCGGCUAGCUUUUCGGAAGCUAAGCACGCCUAGCUUCUCACCAUGCCAAGUCAAGCUAGCGCGAUGCACAGAGCGGGGGUGCUUUUCAAAAUAAGAGCAUCCGAGUCAGGCGAGCGGUUUAACGGGCUUAUUUUGAAGGCGCCUACCGGAAACGCUCGUGUAGCCGUUGGGGGGAUUGCCAACGGCUCGAGGCUGAUGCUGAGACGGCAGCUAAUCUUUUGUACGCGCUCGCGAGCUGCGAAUAAAACAUGUCAUUCAUAUUUUCGGGGGUGUGAUGUCGCGCGACGGUCAGCAGUUCGGCGCGUAAACUGUGAUUAAAUUUUAUUUAUUUAUUUAUUUUUUUUACGAGUUGUGAGGACUGCUGGAGCCGCUCGCUGUAAAUGCUACAGUGAUAGUAGGACGGGGAUUUCCUCGCCUGCUUGUUUUGUAGGCGGGGAGUUGUUUGCCACUUUGACAAACAGGCGUUGUGAAGGCUUGGAGAUAAGAGCCGAGGAAUGUCAAGACUGGUGUAACUAGGGCUUUUUUUUUUUUAAAUAUAUGAGAAAUAGUUUUUUUUUUUUUUUAUUGCCGAGGAAGGCGUCGCAUGUCCCACUGUAUCACAGCGCUUCUCGCUGCUGGUUUGUCAACUCAUGCGCUUCUCGCUGUUCAAACCUGCUGCUUCAUCACCUCGUUGUGAAAAGGGAGCAAGAAGAAGAAGAAGAGCGAGCCGAGGCAGCGGUUUAAAGCGCGAGCAGGUAACCAGAACAGAUGAGGGCCCAUGUAAGACCCCGAUGGGGCUGGCAAUGGUGUGUGGAUGGAGGCAGGGAGUGGUGGAGAUCAGCUCUGAGAUUUAUCGCCUCUUGCACCGAGGUAGCGAAGAUAAAAUAAGACUGGAUACCGUAGAGGUGAACCGAGUGCACAGCUCAUACCCAGUGGCGUUGCUCAGAAUGGGCAGGCGGUGGAGGGUAGAAGAGGAUAUUUGAGGUUGAUGAAACACGGGGCAAGACUUUGCACAGUGCAGCGCGCAGUCUGGCCACCAACACCUCUGUAUGGCCAACACAGCUGUGCCUUGGGAGUAGUUACGCCUAUUCAGGACAAUUAAUAGCCUCCAGGAGGGAAUGUUGGUGAUGAAACCUCUUGCAAGUGUGGUGCGGAUUAUGAUUGCUUACCAUUGCGAUAUGCUCGCUCUUCUCAAGAUUAGCCAACAUCGGGCAAGAACAUGGAGAGCACCUACCAGCAGUACAGGUGGACGCGGCUCUUGUGGCAUGACUACCACAAAUAAGGGAAACAAGGCCUUGAAGGUGAAGCGGGAGCCAGGAGAAAAUGGCACCAGCCUGACAGAUGACGAGCUGGUGACUAUGUCGGUGCGGGAGCUGAACCAGCAUCUACGAGGCCUGACGAAGGAGGAAAUCCUUCAGCUGAAGCAGCGGCGGCGUACCCUGAAGAACCGUGGCUACGCUGCCAGCUGCCGGGUGAAGCGUGUCACCCAGAAAGAGGAGCUGGAGAAGCAAAAGGCUCAGCUGCAGCAGGAAGUGGACAAGCUGGCCACAGAGAAUGCCAGCAUGAAGGUGGAGCUGGACGCUCUGCGUUCAAAGUAUGAGGCCCUGCAAAGCUUUGCCAGGACUGUGGCCCGCAACCCCGUCACCUCAGCCAGGGGACCUAUGGCCUCUGUCAUAGGGCCUCUCAUCCCUGGUAAAGUAGGUGCCACCAGCGUCAUCACCAUCGUCAAAUCCAAAACGGAGGCUAGGUCGUAGUAGCAGAAAGGGGCAGGAGGAAGAUUUUCAAGACUAAAACUCUAGUCAGUGCAUUGUAACACGGCGCAGGAUUACCUGUGUUAAAGUUCUCAGUUCUAACCCACGUCACUAACGCUAACAGUAUGCUUCCCAAAAUUCACUCUUAAAGCAUGACUCAGCAGUCUGUACCUGUCAGCAGACGUAUUGUGCUUUAGGGUGACACAAUCUAAUUGUAUGAGAUCACUGACAAGUGGCGACACAUUGGCAAUACUGAAACAUUUCAUUAAAAAAAACAAAAAACAAAAACAGAUUGUGGUUCCAAAUAUUAAAGAAGGCAAUAUUUGGUGGUUAAAGUCCACCAUGGCGUCAAAUUAAGACUGUUAAAAGCUUGAUGAAGGUGCAGUAUGUGAUGUCUGUUUCCUUUUUAAGACUGAGCUCUUGAGGUUUUUCCGUCCCAAGAAUUGGCAUUUGUCGAGUCUCACAACCAGAAACCAAAUAAGAAAUGAUAGACGUUACUCCUUGUCCAUUCCACAACAUCAACUGAAAAAAGAGCCAGCACAUAUCUCACUAUGAACCCCUUUGCUUGUUAUUAUGCACUGACUUUAAUUGGGAUGAAUAACAAACAAACUCUUGGUGUGGAUCCUACAGAUGUCUUCAAAACAGCCUGACUAACCCAAAACUAGUAAAUUAGUCCAAUUUGUGAUUUUUGUUGGUCGUCUGUCGAGAAUAUAAGCACGAAAUAAUGCUCCCAAAUCCUGCAUUUAUUUCUGCUUAUGUGUCCGUGACAGGCUUUAAUGAACUUGUCAUUAUCGAUAUGACUGGUAGAUGCAAUAAUAUAUGUAUGCACUGAAAAUACAAAGAGGUCUUGCAUAUUUAUGGUUAAGUGGAAACGUUAAAAAUGAUCAGCCGUUCUUAAUGAUAUUGUUCCGGAGCGGAGUGCCAUUCCAAUAUGACAAGAUUCUUCUACAAUAUCUGAAAACCUGAAUGUUAUAACAGUAAUAUCCUCAUGUUUUGUGGGGACAGUGAAAUCCACAGACGUUUUGAAACAUAAUUUUUGCUCAUAGAGAAAAUAUGUUCAAGUUGUUCUUUUGUUUAAAAGAUAUAUAUUGCAUUUUUUGUAAUUACUUGUUGACAGGGCCGUCAGAUAUUUCCAAAAGAAAAAUCUUUACACAAGCUUUACUGUUUGAAUUGUUAAGGUGUAGAAAACUUUGUCUAAUGUUGAGUUCUUGGUUUUUAUUACUAGGUAGAUUACCUUCCAUUGUUUAUAGAAAUACAGAUAAAGAAAACGUAAAAAAAAAAAAAAUCCUGUGACAUCUUUUUUGCAAUUGUACCGAAAGUGGCUUACUAUUGAAGUCUGAUAGCUUUUUUCUAGUGACUAGGCGCGUACUGUGGGGUAGCGCGUGAUGUGAUGUGUAAGUGACAAGUUGGCAGUGUCGUCCACUGUAUAGAUGUCAACGCUGUGCUAUUUAAAACAAAUCUGUAGAGCUAAACUAGGUGGUGUAAACAAGGUCAAUUGUCUUUGUGCGUAUUGGCAUCUGUGAUAUCCUCCGCUUUCUUGGUGUUAGUUACGAAUCAUAUUGUCAUUCAGAGUUUACCACAUUUGAGCCAUGUACGACAGAAUUGGGUGAAAUGGCAUUAGUCAACAUGAACUCAAAAGACUUUUAAGCUUGAAGCGAUGCUGUCAUUGCAGAAUCUGAAUAAUGGUUGCACCUGGUGCUGGAUGCCCUCUUAAAUAGAUCCUCCGUAACCUGAAAGUAGACGACUCCGUUGAUGGAGGAAGAUUUCGUUAUCAUAGUCAUUCAAGCCACUUCAUUGGUCUGAAUUAGAUCGUGGGAAUGGGAAUUAAUAACCCUUCAAAUUUUGAUUUUAACAGACUAAAUUAAAUGUGAAGUUAGCGAUUUUAUUUUACCCGUCAACAUGUUUUUUUAUUUUUUAUUUGUGUGUGUGUGUGUUUUCCUCAAAUUUGUGUUGAGAAACGUGGUAGUUUCUCGAUUUCUAAUGAUAAGAUUGCAUCACUGAACUUAAAGGGUAACCGCCAAAUGGUGCAGCAUCACUUCGUGCAAAUUUAUCCACUGGUCUUCAGAUUUUUCAGAUUAAAAGCGGUAGGGUUUGUAUGCACUAAGCUCCUACUUGUUUUGCUCAGGACAAAACAGGUCACUCUAAAAAUGAACAAACUAUUCUAGAUAAGAGGCAGGGAUGGCAGCUCUGUUCAUUUUGUUUUUUUUUUUUUUUAUUUAAUUUCUUUUUUUUUUAUAUAUAUAUAAUAAGCAUGUCAUAAAGGGCUUCAAUCCACACUCAGAAAGAGACACAGCACGACCAUGUAGAAUUACAAUCAACAGCAACUGCCAGCAGCGCUCCUUCUGUGCCAAGUGUCGCAUCACUCUCCUGGUCCUCUAAAAGGAAUUUAACACUGAAGGAGUUUUUACACCUCAAGGUGAAAGUAGUCGUGUAAUGACGUUAACAGAAAUGCACUUCAUCCAGAUCUCACCCUCCUGCUGGUCAGAAUGUCUUAGCGUUCACGAGGUCUACAGUCAGAUCUACAAAACUCCAUGCCUCAGACCUGGGUACUGGUUAUACUGUCUGCGCGCAAGUAAUCCUAUCCUCACUUUGUCAACAUGCUUAGCUAUCUACAUUGACUGGUUAACUGUGGGAAAAUAUAUAUCUGACUCUUGACAUAGCCCAGUAUCGAUGUUGGCGUCCUUAUUGCUGUGGCAGUCUUGUGGAGUGAAUCUUUUUUCGUGUCAAGUGUCUUUUAAGGUGUUCGAGUGGCACCGUCGACCAAUCUCUCAAUCUCCGCUAGAGAUGACGAGUCUCUCUUUCUCACACGUACAGGUGUAUAAUAUGUAGCUACAGUAGGUAUUAAUGACCAUUGUGAAAAAGUGACCCUUAAUAUGCAACUCAGUGGAAAGGUGUGAAAGAGUAGAUGUAAGAGUAAUCAAUAUUGUCAAAGUGACUAUGGUCUGUUAUUUAAUAAUUCUUGCUGUUUUGUAGUUUUUUUGUAAAAGACGUGUUUUUUUGUUUCGCCCUCAGACUUUUGAAUCCCUCAAUGGAAGACGCAAUUGGCCCUUGUUUUAUAGUAGCAGACAUCUUCAAACUGUAAUAGUGUGUACAGUGUUUUUAAAGGAAUCAUGGGACAGUUGCAUUCAAGCCUUACUCACUAAUUACUCUGGUCGUUUUUAAAUUAGCUGAAUUACCGGAUCCAUAAAUUGGACUUGGAUAUGUGACUGAAACCAACUGCUAUUAUGUAAAUGUUCAAUGUGCACUGAGUGAAAUGGAUGCUACAAUAGAUUCUGUCACAAGGGCCACUUGCAAUAUUUUAUUUUCUUUGGUAUGUAUGCUGUGUGUGCGUUUGCGUGCGUGCGUGGUUGCGCGCAUGUGUUUUGUACGUUUGAGGUUCCUCUGCUGCUACACCAGUCAUUAAUGCUCAUUGUUUGCUGUAGCAUCAUCCACAGCAUUUCUGUUCACAUUGCGUGUUGAGUGUGUAUUCGAAAUUGAUCUUAACACUGUAAUUUGUUCUGCAGAUUUCCUUUUUUUUCUUUUUCUUUUUUUUUUUUUUAUUCGUUAUGGCUUUAUUUUUUUUAUUUGUUUUUAUUUUUUUGGUGUUGUUUUUACACGCAACUUGUUAGAGAGGAUAAAUUACAGCACUUGUGUGGCAGUUGAAUUUAAUAGCUCUCAAGACGUUGGCUUUUUUCAUGAUAUUAUGCUUUGUAAACAGUUGACUGUGCAGGUUUUUUCCUCUUACUCCAUGGAGUGGGUCUGUGUUUCAAAGGUAUAAAAAUCUGACUAAAGCGAGUAAUACAAAGUUAAUGAUCUGUUUUUGUUAUUUUUCUGUAUGGGUUGUAAUAAAAUAUUGCAGUACUUUGUAUGAAAACAGACAAUAGUUAAUUGUAACUAUUUAUAAAUUAAAUUAUUGUACUUUUUGCAAUCUGUAGAUAAGUACUAUGUAUUCAUAUAUACAGUAACAACUGUGGAUUUAAACGUGAUUCUCUGAGGUGUCUAAGUUAUUGAUGUAUAUAUUGUAUGUUUGUUGAUACAGCUUACUUUAUUUUCUAUAAGACCAAUAAAAAUGUUUU